GAAGGUGUGUGAAGAGGGGCCCUGGAGAAGGGCAGCGAGGAGCUGAUUCUGCCCUCUCACCCCGCAGGGAGAUCUCCAGGUACAUCUCCACCUUCUAGAAGGUUCUGCCCAAGGUCACUCCUUCCUCCUCUGAGCAGCCUUUGGUAAAUAGACUUAUUCAUGUGCCAGGUGCCAACCAUUAUGGUGGCUCCUGGAAGGUGACGAGGAGCCCCUGGCCUGCCCAGCCCAGGGGAAGUGCCGGCCAGUGGCUGCUGGCAUCUGCUGCUCUGUGGGAGGAGGGGGAGGCCAGGCAUCCCGGCUAUGUGGACCUCGCGGUCUCCGUGUCCCUGGGCCCUGGCAUCUUGCUCCACAGGUCUGAGCCUGUCCCUCCUGGUGGGAGGGAAUGAAGCCCCCAGAAGCCCACCAAGGUCACGGCUGUGGGAGGUGCUGGCCCAAGUCUGUCUGGAGGAAGUGACAAUGGAGGUGUGAGGCCUGUACCUGGGGGGUCCUGGGGCUGACCUGAGCGUGGUGCAGAUGAGGGGCUGGUUCGCAUCAGGGGUCCCCCAGCCUGGGGCUGGCUUUGCCCCUCUCUGCUUGGAAUUCUCUGCACAAGCCCCGCUCCUUGGGGUGCCCUGUUUACUUUUCCUGGUGGCACUGCCUGGACAGUGGCCUCCCAGCUGCUGCAGUCAAUGGCCACUGCCUGGGUGGCCGGCACGGCAGAUGCUGUUCUUCCUCCGUUCUGGAGGCCAGAGUUUCAAACCCAGGGCUCCAGGGCCAGCUCCCUGUGCGGGCUCCAGGGGAGGCUCCUUCCUGCCUCCCCCAGCCUCCAGCGCCUAGUGCCCCUCCGCUAAAGCCCGUCCCUCCAGCCCUGCCUCCAUCUUCACGUGGCUUUUCUCCUGUCCCUGGAGUUCACUGUCCCCCAGUUGAGCCAGCCUGCCUGCUGGAGGUCCUUGGCAGAAGUACAUCCAUGCAGACCCCUCCCAGUAAGGUCACACUCCGUUUCCCGGGAUCAGGAUGGGGCCCACGUGUGCUUGCUGCUUGAAAACGUGUUGGAUGAAAUGCACUUUACCUGCAGCGUCCAGGUCUCUCCGCCUGUGAGAGCCUGGUGCUGAGCACACGGUCCUUAACACAGAGGGCCUGUGCGGGAAGCCCGGGCUGCAGCCAGCUCUCACACCUGAGCAGGCGUCUCAAACCACCUUUGUCUGGUGCACCCUCCUGGAAAGGUCGCCUUCAAUGCCAGCCUUGUGAGUGAAGUUAAUGGCCAAAUAAAUUCCAGGGGCCUCUGCGGCAGGUGCCUUGUCAGGAGACAGAGGUGGGUCAUGGGGUGACACCACCUUCAGAGAGAGUGAGCCGGGGUUGACGAGCCAGGCCUCCAUGCCCGCGGUGCCCGCGGCAGACAUUUCAGGAAAGACUGGAUGCCUGCUCAGGUCCCGCCCGUGUGCCAGGCGGGGUCACGCUCAGCUGCCACCCUCAGGAAGUCCAGGCAGCUGCCAUAUGGGAGGGAUUCCUCGAGGGUGGCCUCCAGAAUUCUCCAGACAGAAACAACAAACCAGCAGACAAACUCCCAGAAGAAGAAGAAUCUUGAAGAUGUCGAGACGACCGUGCACUCUAUAGGAGGUGAGAGGCCAAGAGGGACCUGAAGACAAUCACAGAGGGCAGGUGUGACCGUGGGCGCGGGGGCGUUGGAACACCCUGCUCGUUUCAAAAUCAAAGUGAAAGAGGAAGGCGAGGAGAAGAGGGCUUGCCUCAGGAAGCCUCAAAGGAGGCGUGAGAGGGGCCGAGAAGCCAGUGGACUCACCUCCGCUCAGCAGAACCCGGGGAACACCAGCGGGCACGGAGGAAAACGGCUCAGGAAAGACGCUGGAAGGGGACGCGCUGCUCUUGCCUUCCCGUGUCUGACCAGCAGUCUCCACUAAACAAGGGCACGAACCCCGUAACCAGAAAGUCAGGGUGAACAGACGCAGACCUAUUCACAGAGAAAACACCAACAAUCUACAAAGAACGCGCCAACUUCGUCUGGAUUGGUUUUGGUUUGGGUACUGGGGAUUGAACCCAGGGGCACUCAACCCCUGAGCCACAUCCCUGGCCAUUUUUUUGUAUUUUACUUAGACACAGGGUCUCACUGAGUUGCCUAAGUCCUUGCUAAGUUGCUGUGGCUGGCCUUGAACCCACCAUCCUCCUGCCUCAGCCUCCAGAGUCGCUGGGAUUCCAGGAGUGCUCCACCCACACACCAACUUCUCUAGUGCCAUCAAAACGCUUAGGGAAAGGGCUCACAGGUCCAUCACCGGCUCAGGAAAGGCACAUGCAGCAGAUGUGUGGCAGGCUGCAUUGACUAAUCACCAUGCAAAACCCGUGCCCAUCAAGGGGUGACCGGUCACAGCUGCGCUCUCUGGGGUCCACUCCAAUGUCCUUGUUCCCCACCCCAAAACCUACAUGGAGGGCACUCCCAAGCCUUGCCUUCUCCGGGUUGGACAGGGACCAUGGUAUUGGGAUCUUAGAGAUGGGGAUUUUGGGGGGAAGACGGAGGCCAGAGUCCUACCUGCGGCUGUGGGUGCCGCGCCACCUGGAGAAGACUCCCCGGUCAGCACUCUUGGGAAACCCUGAGGUUCCUGGCCCCCAGGAGUUCUGUCCCGGAUCAGCACUAGCCUAAAAUCAUGGGGUGCUUGUGGGAAAGACCCUGAGAGCUCACCCUGUCCUUUAGUGUCAACCACAGAGUCUCCUGGGGACUUGCCAGGUCAGGCCCUCCUGGUGCAAGCUUCAGCCUGACCUGCGUGCGCGGUGGACCUGAGGUCGGUUCUGGGCACCUCCCCUUGACCCCCCGGAGCCCUGUCCACCCUUCCCCACUCCUGGCCCAGGGAGCUGUGUCCCUGGCUCCCUUGACAGCUGGCUUUGGGUCAGAGCCAUGCCCUCCAGGGUCACUCUCGCAUCCACACAGCUGCCCUCUGCAGGUGACUGCCCUCCAGGCCCCUACUAAUGACCUGAGUCAGGCGCACUUGCUUCUGCUCUCUGUGCCCUGCCCUCCUUUGGAACCCUGUUUCUCAAACUCUGGGACCCUGAUUCAUCCAGGUAGGUGGUGACGUCCUCAUUUUAUGGAUGUGAAAACUGAGGGGCGUGCAGGUGAAGAAAGUUGUACAAGGUCACACAUCAGAAAGGAAAGGACUGGAAUUCCAAUCUGGCCCACCCAGCUGCCCAGCUCUGCUUCUAGCAGGGGCCUGCCCCUUCCCUAAGCUGGGGGGCAGGUGGGGGGUGCAGCCCGCGCAGGGACCUCUUUAGUUUCAGUUAAAGGGGGAGAUGCAGGAGAGACACCAAGAGCCACCAGAAUUUUCCAUCAGGUGGAACCGGGCUGGGUGGCCACCUUGGGGAGCAGUUGAAGUCGGUGGCAAAUAUUUGCUUAGAAGGGGCCACUCAAUUGCAAGGACAAACAACACACAUGUCAUCUCCCACAGCACCUCCCUCUACAGAUGAGGACGCUGAGGGCAGAGAGUGGCAUGUCCUUCCCCAAAGCCACCCUCGACUCAGUGGUGGGUCUCAUUGUAUGGAUUCUAGUCCCAUCUGAAGCCAAGUCACUUGGCAGCAGGAAACCGUCUACACUGCACACCCACUGUCAUGCCCUGGGGGCCAUGCGAGUCCAGCGGCUUCCUUGUCACGGCCCGAUGAGAACAUGCUGUAUGCCAAGUCCUGCCCCAGCCCCGUGCCACACUGCCCCCCGGACCCUGAAUUUCACCAGGAAGGAGGUACUGUCCUGGUGGCCGUUGACAGAGAAACUCAGGAGACCUCCCAAGGCCCACGGUUAGCAGGCACCAGAGACCCUCUGCAGAUGAGGACGGGGGCCAUGUUGGCCGAAGGCAGAAGUGGUCCUCCAGCCUCCUGCUGCUAGGAUUCCCUCCCAGGGCCCAGGGGAUGAGGUCUCAGCCUUGUGCUCCAGGUCAGUUACAGGGGAGGCCAGGUGGCUCAGAGAGGCCAGGUGACUCAUGCAGAGCCACACAGCAGCAGGUAGGGAUCUGACUCAGCUCCAGGCCACGCUGCUGCCCAUGUUAGUGUUAACCAGCUUGGCUCCUCAACAGACUCCCUGUCCUGCCCCAGCGCACAGUCAUACGGAAGACUCAGGGUGGGGAGGUAGGAGAACAGGACUUUAAACCAGACUUGGCCCCGGGGUUCCUCACUCCAGGAGUUUCUUGUGACAAAUUUGGGAAACAGCCUAGGAUCUGAGGCCCGCAGCUGCUCCCUGGCCCGCGGUCAGUCGGCCACUGCAGUCCCCAAGGGAUCAGGGUCCCCCCUCCCAGCACUCGCGGGGCGGGGCCAGGGAUGCCGAGCGCCGCCCCGUGCGCAUCCCCGCCCAGGGGCGGGCCCUCACCUGGGCGGGCAGGUAGGUAGCUACCUGGUAACCUGGACUGGCCCGGAGGCUCGGCGCACAGCGGGCGGCGGCUUCGCUGGGGCCCGGAGACGCAGGCAGGGGCGGCCGCCGGCCGACGCGAGGCCGUGGGGGACUCCUCCGCUCACCAUGGCCGAGAGACGCUUCAGGUUCCUGCAGAAACUCGCCUUCUGGGGCCAGGGCCACCAGUACCAGGCGCUGGAGAGGGACGAGGUGGAAACCCUGAUCGACGGGCCACGCGAGCCGAAAGCCCCCGAAAAAGAGAGGUCGGUCCCAGCUCUGCCCCCCAAGGAAGCCUGCAAGUGCCACAAGGAGGACCUGGCCAGAGCGCUGCACGUGGACUUGGACAAGGGACUGUCGGAGUUUGCGGUGACGCAGCGCAGGAUGGUCCACGGCUGGAACGAGUUUGUGGCUGACAACGCGGAGCCCGCGUGGAAGAAGUACCUGGACCAGUUUAAGAACCCCCUGAUCCUGCUGCUGCUGGGGUCCGCCCUGGUGAGCGUCCUCACCAAAGAGUACGAGGACGCGGUCAGCAUCGCCAUGGUCACAGACCUCCUGGUGGACGAGUCCAGCUUUACUGGGGAGGCCGAGCCCUGCAGCAAGACGGACACCCCCUUGGCAGGCGGGGAGGACCUGAGCUCGCUGCCCAACAUCGUCUUCAUGGGCACCCUGGUGCAGUGUGGGAAGGGCCAGGGCGUCGUGAUCGGAACCGGGGAGAAGUCUCAGUUCGGCGAAGUGUUUAGGAUGAUGCAGGCGGAAGAGACGCCUAAAACCCCGUUGCAGAGGAGCAUGGACAAGCUGGGGAAGCAGCUGACGCUCUUCUCCUUCGGCAUCAUUGGUGAGUCAGGGGGUGCCUGCUGGGCCCAGAGAUGGGGAGCUGUCCUGGGGCAGGGCACCUGGUGUCCCUCGAGGAUCUUGCUGCUCAGAUGCUUGAGGCUGGGGUUGGGGUCAGGGACGCUCCAACGGCAGCAGGAGGUUUUGCCUCAGAGCAGGCCGAGUGUCCAUGUGAAGUGUGGCUCCUGGGACUGUCCAUCCAGCCUGGCCGUGGCAGCCAUCCCAGAGGGUCUGCCCAUCGUGGUCAUGGUGACGCUGGUCCUGGGAGUGCUCCGGAUGGCCAAGAAGCGGGUCAUUGUGAGGAAGCUGCCCAUCGUGGAGACGCUGGGCUGCUGCAACGUCAUCUGUUCUGAUAAGACGGGGACCUUGACAGCCAAUGAGAUGACAGUGACCCAGCUCGUCACGUCCGACGGACUCCACGCCGAGGUCAGCGGAGUCGGGUACAAUGGCAAAGGGACCGUGUGUCUUCUGCCGUCCAAGGAGGUCAUCAGGGACUUUUCCAACGUCUCCGUGGGGAAGCUGGUGGAGGCAGGCUGUGUCGCCAACAACGCUGACAUCAGGAAGAACACGGUGGUGGGCCAGCCCACAGAGGGCGCCUUGAUCGCGCUGGCCAUGAAGAUGGACUUGGGUGACAUUAAGGAUUCCUACAUCAGAAGAAAGGAGAUCCCCUUCAGUUCAGAGCAGAAGUGGAUGGCGGUGAGGUGCAGCCGCAAGAACGAGGACGGGGACGACGUCUACUUCAUGAAGGGGGCCUUGGAGGAGGUGAUGCACUCCUGCACCACGUACAACAGCGGGGGCCUCCCGCUGCCCCUGACCCCCCAGCAGCGCGCCUUCUGCCUGCAGGAAGAGAAGAGGAUGGGGUCGCUGGGCCUGCGGGGUCAGUGCCGGCCAGCCGGGCCGUCUACUGGGCACAUCACGGUUUUAGGGCACAGAUUCCUCAUCUGCUAGUGUCCUGUUGCUGUGACAAAGUACCUGAGAGAAAACGUUUAAAAAGGAGGAAAGGUUCGUGUUGCUCCAGUGUCCCCCAGCCGGGGGCUCUGCGGCCCCGCACAGCCCACAGGGCCAGGCCAGGAGGAGGUGCUGGAGGGGUCCUCUGGCUGUAGCCUCCGGCGCCUGCUCUUCCCAAAGGCUCUGCAGGAGUCAGGGGCAAUUGUGGCCAUGACGGGGGACGGUGUGAACGACGCGGUGGCCCUCAAGUCUGCAGACAUCGGCAUCGCUAUGGGGCAGUCGGGGACUGACGUCAGCAAAGAGGCCGCCACCAUGAUCCUGGUGGACGACAACUUCUCCACCAUCAUGAGCGCCGUGGAGGAAGGCAAGGCCAUCUUCCACAACAUCAAGAACUUCGUCCGGUUCCAGCUGAGCACGAGCAUCUCGGCCCUGAGCCUGCUCACCCUCUCCACCGUGUUCAACCUGCCCAGUCCCCUCAACGCCAUGCAGAUCCUGUGGGUCAACAUCAUCAUGGACGGGCCACCCGCACAGAGGUGGGCCACCCUCCACAGGCAGCACUGCCCCCAGAGGGCUCACGGCACACCCAGAGCCAGGUCCUCGGUGGCCGCCCUCAGCUGUGGUCAGGAGAUGGAUGCAUCUACAGCUCCCGCCAUGGAGCUGGGGGCCGGAGGCGGUGGCUGGCCAGGGCCUGGUCUGUGGCACAGGCUCUGUCCUGGGCUCCGGAUCCCGGACGCCGGGGCCAGCACCCCGCGCACCACCACCAUGACCUUCACGUGCUUCGUGUUUUUCGACCUCUUCAACGCCCUGACCUGCCGCUCCCAGACCAAGCUGGUCCUCGAGAUCGGCUUCCUCAGGAACCGCAUGUUCCUCUACUCGGUCCUCGGGUCCCUCCUGGGGCAGCUGGCCGUCAUCUACGUCCCGCCCCUGCAGAGGGUCUUCCAGACGGAGAACCUGGGAGCGCUGGGUGAGUGCGGGCUUGAGGAGAGGUCACUAACAGCUGCAGGUGCUGCCCCCGCCCCUGCCAGGCAAGGGCCCGGGGGCUUGUGGGUGGUGCGCCCUGGGAUGCCGAAGCCCCACACACCGCGGCAGGCGGGCAGCUGCUCUGCCUUGGACCUGGGCAGGAGGGAGGCAUGAGGGGACGCAGAGGACACAGGAGGCUCAGGAAGAGGCCCCUUCGCCAGGAGUAGGGCCUGGGAGGGGUCCACAUCCGGCCCUUAGGGCAGGAGGACCAGCCACACACACGAGGCCCCCGGGUACAGCGGGCAGGACUGUAAGCUCAGCCCUUGAUGUCCCCUCAGCUGGGGAGCGUGGCCUGGACCCCAAGCCUUCUGUGACUUUGACAUUUCUGGAGACCAGAAGCUGGGCCACCCUACAGUUCUUGCUAAAACAGACCUGAUUUAGUGACAUGGAGUCCCGAGACACCCGGUAGGGGACCCAGGACUCCCAUGUCCCCAGCCAGGCUGGCAGGGGAGGGAACAGUCCCUAACCCCAGCAAGGAAGGUUGUGCGGGGGUCACCUGAAGGGCAGCAGUGUCCAGAGGGCUCGCCCCUCUCCCUCCUGGUUCAGUCUGGCCCGUCCCCCUGAGGAGCAGAGGGCUGGUCCCCAGGGCUGAGCACAGGGUGGCCUGUGGCUUGUCCCUGCUCAGGAGGGACCUGCGAUGACCGGUGAGGUCUGAGG